GAAGUGUAUCCAUGCUGGACGGUUUAGCACGUUUGCCAAGAGCUACAAGUUUGCCUACAAGCAGAAUCCCAAAGCCUUGCAGAGCAUCGUACAGCAACAUGUGGAACAUCUGCAAGACAGUGUUGAAGCUGAGAUCCAGCUGGUCCUAUCUGAAGAAAAGAUUCCAGAUUUGUUCCAAAAAUUGGAAACUGUUCUGAACGACUCUGCAAUGGAGGAGGAUACUACUGCAUGGCGCCCCUCUGGAGAUCCUGAGAAGGACUUGCGCAGCCACACCAUGGCCAUCAAACUGAAAGAGCGGGAAGAACUCCAGAGAAGACUGGAGGCACAUGAAAACGAGACGACUCGCCUUCAGAAGUUUGUGCUACAAGCCAGGCAGAAGUUACUCCACACACAACAGAAACUUCAGGCUAAAAUGGAGACUUUUGAAAAGGCUGCUGCUGCAUGUGACACCUGCCCGAUGGAGCACGUCAGUACUCUCACAAAGGAUAUACAGUUGUAACAACAGUACGUCUGAUGGUCGUCUGAUACUCCACUACAGCUGAUGUUUCCAAAAUACAUUUUUUUUUGUGCUAAUGGCCCCAAUAAUGCCAAGAAAAUUCUUGGGAAUGCCUGUAGGAAAACAUAAGAAUUUGAGCAUGUAUUGGGGAUCCUCAAUCCCCUUCUGAUGGAGUGGCAAAAGAGGAGAAGAAGUAGUAAGCAAAACAUUUCUGUUUUAACUAAAGCAUACCGAGUAUAGGCAGGACAAUAUUACAAGGAGGCCAGGAUACACAAGUUUGCCAUACCUGUAAUUACUAGUUAUCAUACAGAUUAACACAGAGUUCUUUUGUCAGAUGUUUGCAAUGAUUUAAAUUAAAGGAUUCUCUAUGGUGAAUUCAGUUUUUUAGGAGCCACCCACACAUGAUGUAGACUUUUUGAUUCAUCAUGAGACCAACAUGGCAAUGAUGUAAGUUUGGUGAUGACAAAGUGGAUCAUUCAUUUCAAGCCAUAUCUAUUUGUGAUUUGACCAUUGUUACUUACUUUGGCAUACACCUGUGGUCUAUUGGGUGUGAGAUCAAAAGCUCACAGGAUUAAUUCCUGAAUACACUGGGCCAGACAUGUCCCCUGGAAAGGCAGUUUACACAACCUUUCUCACUCCACCAAGGUGUCAAUAGCUAACUGGCUUUGAUUUGUGUGAUAGAAGAAGAGGGUUGAGCUCUGCCUUCUACUACUUUGCCCAACUUAAUUUAGAAAAGGUGCAUAAGCAACCAAUGGCCUGUACAAGGCUCUGGGACUGAUAUCUUUUACUCAGACUGCUUCUGUAUUUGGACUUGUUCUUGACAUGCAUAGAUUCUGACUAAGCAGAAUUGUAAAUAUUUUUGCAGUUAUUUUAUACACUUGAACAUGUAGCAGGAAACCUUUGCUAACACCUUUAUACAUAAUCAUCAUUAUUGUCAUUUAACAAAUACCAGUAGUAGUUAUUGAAAAUUAACUUAGGUUAGGAUUCCGACACUGCCUUAUAUAUAUAUAUAAAUGUACUUGUUAAUACGGAGGUGAGCAGAGCAGUCAGGACUUCAUCCAGUGCUAAAUAUUUAUCUGUCCUCUUGGAUUGAUGGUGUCUGUCAAUUGCCAACCAGCUAGGAAAUAACUGUCACAGGAGAUCAAAUGAUCAAAAUCUUUGUUAGUUCCUAGCAAUGAAAUUCCACCCAAGACUGGCACCAGUGCUGGAGCCUUCCUUUCAAUAUAUUAAGCUGAAGUAAAAUAGACAUUUGCACAAUUUAUAUUAAA